AUGAAUAUUUUAUCUGUUGAUGCGUUCAACAUGCGUGAAUUGGUGAACGACGACGUAAAGAUACAAUAUGUAAUCAACAGCCUUUGUAACGGCAAGAAACUAUGUCACCAAGAUACCUGGAAUGUCGAUCCAAAAGAAUUCUCUGUAGAAAAUAAUUUUUUGUUUAAACAAGAUAGAAUUGUCAUACCUGAAAAGCUUCGACAGAGAGUUCUGGAGGAAUUGCAUGCCGGACAUUUCGGUAUCGUAAAAAUGAAAAAUUUAGCGCGAGGUCAUUGCUGGUGGCCCAACAUUGAUAAAGACAUUGAAAAAGUGGCUCAUUCAUGUGAAUCUUGCAUACUUAAUCGUAACAAUCCUUCCAAAGUACCCAUUCAUCCAUGGGAACCUGCUACCAGACCAUUUGAAAGGGUCCAUGUUGAUUUUGCCGGUCCGUUCCUGGGUGUGUAUCUUUUUAUUCUUGUUGAUGCCUUUUCUAAGUGGCCAGAAAUCAAAUCAGUUGUCAAAAAUAUGCUAAUUUCUACCACUAUCGAUGUAUGCCUCGAUAUUUUCACUCAAUUUGGCCUGCCGGAAAUCUUUUUCUCCGACAACGGUAGAACUUUCAUAGCUGAAAUAUUCGAGUUAUUUUUAAAAGAACACGGCAUUUUGCAUAAAUUUUCCGCACCAUAUCACCCAGCUUCAAAUGGUCAGGCAGAAAGGUUUGUUCAAAUGAUAAAAGUAGCCUUAAAGAAAGCAUGUGAUACAACUAAUAUUGCGGAUAGCAUAAGGAAGAUCCUUGUUCAAUACAGAAAUAUGCCUCAUUGUAUAACUGGCAAAACGCCGGCUGAAUUGUUUUUGGGGAGAAAGAUGAGAGGCAAAUUAGACUUACUUAACCCGACACCAAACAAAAAAUUGCCUGUAAACAAUUUCAAUAAAUUUCACAAUAACCAAAAAGUACUAGUCCGUAAUUAUGUAAGUGGUGCUAAAUGGCUCUUUGGUAAGAUUUUAGGUCAUAAGGGUAAUUUAUUGUACAAGGUUGAACUGCGUGAUGGAAAAAUUUGUACCAGACACGCAAAUCAAAUCUCUGCGGUAAAAGCGACUGAAUCAUGUGAUAACUCCGACUACUUCGUGCCUGAUUCCGAGCGCGUUUCCUUAUAUGAAACUGGUAAUUUGACUAAAGCAGUGCCUACAAUAGCCAUAAACGCUCCUGAACCAGGCACCAGCGAGUCGAUUAGUUCUAGUCCUAAGCGUAAAACCAAAAGCCCCGUACGCUACCCCGAAAAUGAAUAUUAUUUUGAAGACAAAAGCUCGUAG